AUGAACAGUAUUGCCCAGAGAUUCUCCCAUUCCAGCACUAGCAAUGUUUUGAACGAAAUCAACCAGGCACAGACUGAAUUCGCCGGAACUCCUCAGUUGGAAUUGGCUCCUACAAUCCAAUUGCCACCUAUCUCACAACCGACGGAUUUCUUGAGAGCUCACACUGAUGAUGCAUCGAAUCCUGACUGUAAAAUCAAGAUUGCUCACGGUACCACAACUUUGGCCUUCAGAUUCCAAGGUGGAAUUAUUGUAGCAGUAGACUCCAGAGCCACUCAGGGUAACUGGAUUGCUUCGCAAACCGUCAACAAGGUUAUCAGAAUAAACCCAUUCUUGUUGGGAACGAUGGCUGGUGGUGCAGCCGACUGUCAGUACUGGGAAACCUGGUUGGGUACCCAAUGUAGAUUGCACGAGCUUCGAGAGAAGGAAAGAAUCUCUGUAGCAGCUGCCUCGAAGAUCUUGGGUAACUUGGUCUACGAAUACAAGGGAAUGGGUCUUUCUAUGGGAACUAUGGUUUGUGGUUAUACCAAGAAGGAAGGUCCCACCAUCUACUAUGUAGACUCUGACGGUAGCAGAUUGAAGGGCGAUUUGUUCUGUGUAGGUUCGGGUCAGACCUUUGCCUAUGGUGUGUUGGACUCCGAGUACAAGUGGGACUUGACUGUAGAAGAGGCGUUGUAUUUGGGCAAGAGAAGUAUCUUGGCUGCCACGCAUAGAGAUGCCUACUCUGGUGGUUCGGUCAAUUUGUACCAUGUGACUGAAAACGGGUGGAUCUACCACGGAAACCACAAUGUUGGUGACAUUUUCUGGGACAUCAAAGCCCAAGAAGGGUCGUUCAACAAUGUAGAAGGUUAG